CUCCAAAUUACGUGUUGGCCCACGUGGAGAAAUCCCAUUCACAUAGACGAGCUGUGGCUCGCCCUUUUGCUCCUGGUUCGAACCAAAAGUUCGAAACCACGAUUAAUACAGAACAGAGCUUAGCUUAGCUUCAAAUUGUCCUUGAAAGCUCUCUAUAGAAAGCUUAUUUAAAUCUUACUCUCUUUCUCUCCACAAAGCCAUGGCAAGCACAAGUACACUAAUGCCAUUUACAAAGCUGAAUAAUAGGUAUCUUUUUCAAAGUGCCACACAGAAGAAUAACAUUUGUACUCCACCUUCACUGAAUAUACUUUUUCGUAGACCAAACAAAUUUUAUGGGAUAAACUCAGAUAGGUUUGUUGUAUUUUCUCGUUUCAAUGGCCCAAUUGACGAUAAAAGCCCCUUGCUCAACGAUGAUGUCUUUAUUUCUUCCAGCAAUGGUAGUUCCCAGCUCAAAGUUCAUUCAAGUAUGUGGAAGUGGAGGGGUUAUUCAAUCCGAUAUCAGUAUUCAGGAACCAGUGGCCCUGCAUUAGUAUUGAUCCAUGGUUUUGGAGCUAACAGUGAUCACUGGAGGAAAAACAUUUCUGUUCUUGCGAAAUCGCAUAGGGUAUACUCGAUUGAUCUAAUCGGUUAUGGAUAUUCAGAAAAGCCGAAUCCUCGACAAUUUGGGGACACUUCGUUCUACACGUUUGAGACUUGGGGAACCCAACUUAACGAGUUCUGUAAAGAAGUGGUUAAGAGUGAAGCAUUUUUCAUUUGCAACUCUAUUGGAGGAGUUGUUGGUCUUCAGGCUGCAAUAAUGGAACCGAGUAUUUGUAAAGGAAUCAUGCUUCUAAAUAUAUCUCUUAGGAUGCUUCAUAUUAAAAAGCAGCCAUGGUUUGCAAGACCAUUCAUAAGAUCAUUUCAGAAUUUGUUGAGAAAUACAGCCAUUGGUCAGUAUUUCUUUAAAACUGUUGCCACUCCAGAAGCAGUGAGGAAUAUCCUCAGCCAGUGCUACCAUGAUACUUCCCAAGUGACAGAUGAACUAGUUCAAAGCAUCCUUCUCCCGGGACUCGAGCCUGGCGCUGCAGAUGUGUUCCUUGAGUUUAUUUGUUACUCGAGUGGCCCUCUACCGGAGGAAUUAUUGCCUCAAGUGAAGUGUCCUGUUUUAAUAGGAUGGGGUGAUAAAGAUCCUUGGGAACCUAUUGAACUUGGAAGAGCCUAUCAGAGCUUUGAUUCUGUAGAAGACUUUGUUGUGCUUCCAAACGUCGGCCAUUGCCCUCAGGUACUUCUCUCUGCUCAUUUUUUGUUGGUAUUCCAUCAAUAUUCAUGGAAUUGGAAUAAGUUUCAAAAUGAAGUAAAAAGUUUAGAAUUAGCAUACAUAUUUUACAAACUCACUCUUCCCUUACUUGGGACACAUCUUGUGUUGCUGGUGUGCAUACAGGAUGAAGCACCUAAUCUUGUGAACCCUCUGGUGGAGUCAUUUGUGGCACGCCAUGCUACGUCUUCAACCGCAAAUCUUGUGCCAAAAACAGCCUCAUCAUAGCCUGUUGCAUCGUCAAAAACCAUUUUGAGCACUGUUGUGUUAAUCUGCACUUUAGACACCCUGGUUUAGUCUAGUGCACUCUAAACCUCUAGCCAUAAUAUUCAAUGCAGCACCCUGUAAACUUUAUUGUACAUUUUCUUUUGCUAGGAAUUAAAUUUUGCUCUGAUAUUGUAUAUAAAUUGUACUAAAAAGAAGAAAAAAACACUGAACUAUUACAUAAGAUCACAUAAUUUAUUGGAAAGUUCCUUAGUGGGGGAGUGAAAAAUCCCACCCGA